AUGGAUGAGGAGCUUAUAUUCUGGUUCUUCGUCUCCCUCUUCUUCGUCUCCGUCUUUACCCUACCACUGUCCAUCACUGCCUGUGUUGCCGCUUCUGCAACCCGGAGAUGGGCGAAAGACAAAUCUAAAGCCAAGGCUCGGUUCUACAGCGCUACGGAUGCUGAUGCUGAGAGUAACCCUCUCGUCGAAGAAUCCGACUCUGAGGCUGAAGACGAAAUCGAAUAUCUUGAUUCAGAAGACGAAGAAUACCACCUGGCGAAACGCGAGCAGAAGCUCAUGGCACGUGAGGCAAAGGAAGCGGAACUUCUACUGAGCACACAAGCGAAAUUCCUCAAGGAGUGGAAGCAAUGUUGGACCGGACCUACUCGUACGGAACAGCAACGGAUGAAGGAGCGUGAACUCAAGGAAGAAGAGGACAGGCGCAAGCUUGCAAGGGAGGCUGUGAGGGAAUACUUGAGGAUGGAGAGGAAGAAGGCCAGCAAGGCGCAGAAGCAAGAGCAAGCACAAGAGGAGGUAUCGGCAGGAUUGCCGACUUAUGGCAACGCCGUGGGAGAGAAAGCAAAGGAAUGA